UAAGGUUAACUAAAAAAGAUAUAGCUACUGAAGAGAUAGUGGAAUCCUUAUUAAUGAAAGAAGAUAAAGCUGUUAAAGAACUAGUAGAAUCUUUGUUAACUAAAGAAAAUAUAGCUGCUGAAGAACUAUUAGAAUCCUUAUUAAAUAAAGGAGAUGUAGCUAUCGAAGAGAUAAUAUAA